AUGUUGUUGGCUCCGCGGCGCCCGAUGGUUCCUGACCAGCGAGUGGUGUCAAGUUUCAUCUUCAAGUGCCUGCGCUUCAAGGGUAUCUUGCCUUGCUGUGUCAAGGCUGCCAAGCUCGACGAGCGCGGUGCGAACGCCAAAUGGGGAAGGAUCAAGGAGCUCAUUACCUUGGCGGCUAGGCUUGCUCCUGACAAGCUCCUGAACGGUACCCCUGAACACAUCAAGGCGCAGGAAACAUCCAUGAGGCAAGCUUUGGCAUGGAACCCAUCGCGGCGGCGACUCGUGCUCCGCGGCCUCAAGCGCACCCGUGUGGGCCAAGAGGAUGCGCCGCAGGGGCCCGCGGCCAUGGCGACCAGGAUCAAGGAUCAUUGGAAGCCCAUCUUCUGGGAGACGUCCUGCUCGGACCAGGUCGCCCCCCCCGCCGGGGUCCCGAAGCAAGCCGCGCCGCUGGUGCUGCUGGCCUGCUUCGCGUGCGUCGGCGCCAUCGUUCUCUACGCGCGGCAGUGGCCAGGCGCCCGAGGCGCGGCGGGGGACUUCAAGAAUCGAUCGCUGGAGGUGCCGGUGGAGGUGCCGCUGGACAACGUCGUCGUCGCGCCGGCAGGAGGCGGCGCGGCGGCGGCGGGCGGGGCUCCAGGCUUCGAGGUUGGCGCCACUGCGGCGCCGACGCCGGCUCCUACGCCCCCACCCUGCGCGGGCUCGGGCGAGAGCUGCCUGGAGCUCCGCUGCUGCGCCGCGGCCGGGGAGCAGUGCUACGAGCUGCGCGCCGCCGGGGAGGCGAAGUGCAUGGCGGACUGCCGCGCCGGCCCGGACAUGACCGACCUCCUCGAGCUCCACAACCGGACCUGCCUGAAGCUGGGCCCCCGGACGCCCGGCCGCGCGAAGACGGCGGCGAAGCCGACGAGCGCGCCGGUGCCGAGGUGGGCGGAGGAGUACUGCUCCUCGGGCAAGGACGACUGCCGUGAGACCAGGUGCUGCUUAGGAGGCGGCCCGCCGCAGGCCGGCGUCUCGACUUCCCUGGGCUGCCCAGCGGAGGGCCGGCUGGCGGCGCCUCCGCGCCCGCGGGGCGUCGGCCCGAGGGUGCUGCUGCGGGACUACAGGGGCACUCAGAUAGUAGAACGCUACGACUUGGUAGCCGGCGACUCCGACUUGGACCCCAGGAGCUACGAAGAGAGUGGGAGAUUCACCGCGCCGCGCCGGCAGCUCGAUGACGAGGCGCGCGCCCAGUGCAAGCCCUCCUGCACGCCGGCAGGCCCGGAUAUGACCGACGUCGACGGAGAACCGUGGAGCUGCAAGGAGAUCGGGCCGCGAACGCCCGGCAUCGCCGCGGAGCCGAACCUGGAGGGCCUGGUGCCCCCCGCGUGGGUCAAGACGUCCUGCUCGGUCAGUGGCGAAAACUGCACUGCAACGAAGUGCUGCAGUCAAGAGGGCUUCCGGUGCUACGCCAAGAACCGAGAAUGGAGCUCUUGUAAGCCCGACUGCGUGCCUGGACCCCAGCCGGAGGACCGCGCGGACGAGAACUGGACCUGCAGCGCCAUGGGGCCGCAGACUCCAGGGCUGGCGGAGAGGGUGCCGGUGAGGCGGGGCUCUUUCCUGGUCGUCGGCGAUUGGGGCUGGGACGAGGUGAACGCUGGCAGCGGCAAGCACGUCGCGACGGGGAAGUGCCAGGCCGACGUCGCGCGGGCCAUGGACGCCAAGAUGAGCGAGCUGGGGGACGUGAAGUUCGUUGUGAACGUGGGCGACUCCUUCUACGCCUCCGGCGUCCGCGACAGGGACGACGAGCAGUGGGACAAGAAGUGGCGCUGGAUCUACAGCGUGCAGCUCCGCAGCGUUCCCUGGUACAGCGUGUACGGCAACCACGACUACCACCAGGACCCCUGCGCUUGCUCCAACGACUUGGCGGACUGCGCGCAGGUGAACUACGAGGAGGAUAACCUCGAAUAUUUCCAGAUGCCUGGCACCAGCUACUUCAAGGAGUUUCCAGGGAUGGGCAUCGAGGUCGUGGGUCUGGACCUGAACAACUUCUGCGAUGCGCCUCAAUCGCCUGAGGACUCGGCAGAGCAUUUGGUUUUCAAGGAGUGCUUCAUGACCGAUUGCCUCACCGACUGCAUCCAAGUCAUGAAGAAUCGCACCCGCGACGGGCUGGACCUGUUCUUGCAGCGUGCCAAGGAGUCGACUGCCAAGUCGUUGGUGGUCUUCUCCCACUACCCGACGGACUACUUGACUGGGGCUCCGGAUCUCCUCGAGGCUCUGAUGGACAACUCCAGGCACAACAUCACAUAUUUCGGCGGCCAUCGCCACAGUGUCGACAAUACGAGCACCUUGUCCAUCGAGCCGAACAAGAACUGGCUCGUCGGCGGGGGCGGCGGCUUCAGCUGUGAUUCGGAGAAGCAGGGAUUUGUCGUCGGGGAGAUCUGGGGCGACAGCUCCGUCACGACCUACCCCGUCCUGGUGGACUUUAAGUGCUGCUCCUCCUGA